UCGGACGGGGCCACUCUCCGCAGACUCUCCUCCCACCUGACGCCUCCACCCGUGGGCCCACGCAUCCUCAUCCUCUCGCCAUGCCUGUGACCGUGACCCGCCAGCUCAGCAGCUACAGCUCCCGCAGCAUCUCCAGCGCCAGCGCUCUGAGCCUGCGUGACGGGAUGACGGGGAGCGGCCGCGGCCGCGUCCCCGCGGCGCCCAGCGUGUACGGGGGCGCGGGCGGGUUCGGGACCCGCAUCUCGCAGUCGGUGCGCUCCCCGGUGCCUCACGGCGACACAGCGGUGAUAACCAACGAGAAGCUGACCAUGCAGAACCUCAACCACCGCCUGUCGUCCUACCUGCAGAAGGUGCGCACCCUGGAGGAAGCCAACCGGAAGCUGGAGCUGCAGAUCACACAAUAUCAUGAGAGCAAAGCUUCGCCCGCUGCGUCGGACUUCACCCACUACUUCAACACCAUCAACGAGCUCCGAGCCCAGAUCGCAAGGAAACACGCGGAGAAUCAAGGCGUCAUCCUGCAGAUUGACAACGCUCAGCUGGCUGCCGGUGACUUUAAAAUGAAGUGUGACAUAGAGGUGACCAUGCGCAUGACGGUGGAGGCGGACGUGACCCGUCUCCGUGCGGUCCGAGGCGGUCUGACUGUGGCCAUCAGUGACCUGGGGCUGCAGAUAGAAGGCCUGAAGGAGGAGCUGGUGGAGCUGAAGGUGAACCACACUGAGGACAUGCAGGCGCUGAAGGUGGAGCAGACCGGCGCCGUGAACGUCGAGGUGGACAGCGCGGCGUCUGUGGACCUGACGCUGGUUCUGCAGGAAGUCAGGGACCAAUAUGAAACACUGGUGAACAAGAAAAAGAUGGAGCUGGAGAAAUGGUUUCAGUCUAAGGUGGAGACUCUCCAGACCCAGAUCGUUACCCACAAAACAGAGGCGACGACGUCUCACACGGAGCUGAGCCAAGUCAAGAAGACCUACCAGGGCUUGGAGAUCCAGCUGCAAAGUCAGCUGGCUGAGAUCCAGUGGCUGGAGCAGAACCUGGAGGAGGCGAACGGCCGCCGCGCCGCUCGGCUGCAGCGGCUGCAGGGGACCGUCGACGCGCUGGAGCUAGAGCUGCAGCAGCUGAAGGCCUCCAUCGAGCAGCAGCGGACGGACUACGACCUGCUGCUGGACAUCAAGAUGAGGCUGGAGCUGGAGAUCGCCGAGUACCGGAGGCUGCUGGAAGGAGAAUACGAAGAGAGACGGGCCGUGAUCAUCACCGAGGUGGUGGAGGAAGUGAAAGAGCAUAAACCCCACGUGGAGAGGCGGGUGAAGAUCAUCACAGAGAACAUUGUCGAUGGCGUAGUGGUGAGCAGCACGUCUGACACCAAAGUGGAGGAGAUCCAGUAACGCCUGCGCUCGCUCCGGCUGCAGCUCGACCUUCUCUCCGGAUGCCGCAGCUCAACGUGUGCUUGUAACUAAUGGUCGAUGUUCUAUAAUAGCUGAUGUGUGUGAAGAGGUUCACAGUAUAAUAUAUGCAGAAAUUCUACUUUAGGUCAAAUGUUAUGAACUUAGAACGAACAGAAUUAAUUCCCCGCAUGACCACCAGGUGGCGCCCGUGUCUACUGAGUCUGGCUCAACUUUGCUGGAGCCUGUGACCGCAUUUAACUAUAAACAGCACACGGGACAUUUAUGCAUUAUUAUUUUAUCUUGUUCGCAUGACAGCAAACAACAGAAGCACAGUCCCAACACACUGAAACGAUUAUGUUUACUGGAAAAAAGACCGAUGAAUGUGAUGUGCACGUGAGUCGUGCACAAAAUAGAGUUUGGACCAGAGGGGCCGGACCGGCGGCGCUGACAGGGUCCGUGUGCUGUACAGUAGCAUUGGCUCGGUGAGGUCCACAGGUCGACCUGAACCUGGUUUGGGUGGAGCAGAAUCAAGUGGAGACUUGAGCCCUGCUCAUUGAUUGACGUGCCUGUUAACUCAGCAUUCUCACAGCCCUGCACUAAUCAUCACUGCUAUCAAAUCCUCUGAUUCAUUACUGUUUUCAGCGUGUUUAGACAAAGAAUCUGAUUCACUGCUCCGUGCCGUUGCCUUUAUUGGCCCUUGUGUUGAUGUGCAUCGCAUGAGGAAAUUCCCCCAAAAGCCUGAAAUUAUGAUGUGAUUCCACGUCCGUAAUCAGCGAAAUCAGCAGUUAAGCGUUUAUGUGUGUGCAGGGGAGCUGUUGUUGUUACCGCUUACACAUUUUAAUAAAGACAGAAAAAGUGA